AAAACAACUAAAUCUUGAAUAUUUUCGCUCGAGCUCGUUCUCUUUAAAACCCAAACCGAAGACUCCUCGGAGCUUUCCCUCGCAAACUCUCUCUGCAAACCUUCGAUUCUCUAUCGUCUAGGGAAGUUAAUGAAGCAAUCUAAGGACGCAUUUGAGGCUGCAUUGGAGGAGCAGGAGGAAUCGCCGCCCGAUUCCCCCAUUGGAGUGGAUGAGUUAGAGGGUCAAACUCAGGGUGCUCCUGCUUCUGGUGGAUUAGAAGAUGACUUUGAAAGUACACCUGCACCCGUGCCUGUUUCUGGUGGGGCCAAUGUAAAUGCAGCUGUCACCAAGAAUAAAGAUGAUGAGGAGGAAGAAGAGGAGGAGAAUGUGGAUGUUGAACUCGCUAAGUUCCCGUCUAGUGCCGACCCUUCUAAAAUGGCCAAGAUGCAGGCUAUUCUAUCACAAUUUACAGAGGAGCAGAUGAAUCGGUAUGAAUCCUUUCGGAGAUCUGCACUUCAGAAGGCUAACAUGAGAAGGUUGUUAGUGAGCAUCACCGGAAGCCAGAAAAUUUCGUUACCAAUGACAAUUGUAGUGUGUGGCAUAGCAAAAAUGUUUGUUGGUGAACUUGUUGAAACAGCUAGAAUGGUCAUGGCAGAGAGGAAGGAAUCCGGACCAAUCAGGCCGUGCCACAUCAGAGAAGCUUAUAGAAGAUUAAAGCUUGAAGGCAAAGUACCAAGGAGAUCAGUUCAAAGGCUCUUCCGGUAGAUGGACCAAAAUGCAAAGUUGUGCUGAUUUUCUACUCAGGCUCUCAUUGUUAACUACAUGUUGAUGCCUAUCGUAUAUGAGGUAGUUUAACUUGGAAGCCAACAGCCAAUUAAUGAAGUUUUGAGGAUUGAAAUAAACAAUCUCUUUGAAUGUGGAAGCAGAUUGAUACUUUCUUUUUCCUU